AUGCGUCGUUCGCGCAGGUCGCGCACAUCGGCGGCUGAGUCGACAUCGUCAUCCCACUUGGCUGAGUCGACAUCAUCCGCCCAGGGUGAGGCCGCGCCUCCUUCGCCAGAUUUGGUGGCGCUGCUCGCGGCAGUGAAUGGCGACGAGAGGCUCGUCGAGUCGAUUGAGCGCCACCGCUUUGGUGAGAGCGCAGAGGCGCUCUGCGCCCGCUUUGCUCGUGCUCGCGCCGGCUCGCUGCCAAAGGCGCUUGCGAUGCUGCGCAGGGACAUGGAGCGGCGAGAGGAGCGCGGCUUUGCCGACCUUCGCGCGAUGAGCGCGGCGCAGGUGCUCUCCCUCUCACCGUCCCGCGACGGCUCCGACGGCGGGGCGUUGCGCGACCGGCUGCUUGGCGAGUGGAACCCCACCGGCCUCCUCGGCCGGGACUAUGCCGGAAGGCCGGUGCUCUAUCGCAACUUUUCUCGCACCCGCCUGUGGGACGUCCCGCUGCCGCUGAGCGCCCUGCUCAAGUACAACGAGUGGGUGUCCGAGCGGCUGGCCGCGUCGAUGGGCGAUGUCGGCAAGUGGACGAUCGUGAUUGACGUCGCCAACAUGGGCGCUGUGCAGUGCCUGCACCCGACCCACCUCGCCUUUUGCAAAGGUCUCGCCAGGACGGACGCGGCCCACUAUCCCGAACGGCUCGGCCGGCUGCUGCUGAUCAACGCGCCAGCCGUCUUUGAAAAGUUCUGGAACGCGUUCAAGGCCGUGCUCGACCCAAACACGGUCGCCAAGAUCGACAUCCUCGGCAGCGGCCCCGCCGUGCAGAGGCGCCUCGCCGAGCUGAUGCCGCCCGAGAUCCUGCCCUUGGCCCUCGGCGGCAAGGCCACGCUGUCGCUGGCAGGGCUCGACCCCGCGCUGCCAUCGCUGCCGCCGAGCGCCCCGGUGUUUGACGUGGUCGCGACCAGGUCCAGCCGCGGCUCGGGGAUCGCGUGCGUCGCCGUGUACGAUUGCGAGGAGGAGCCGUCGCCGCAGGCGGAGGAGUGA